AUGCGGACAACAGCUUCAAACUCUUACAACCAGAUGUAUAUCUACAUCGGUAACCCUGGUCUUUGUGGAGAACUUAUCGGCAGGAACUGCUCAACACGUAAUGCAGUGAAAAGUGGCCUCGAAGAUAUAGACCAUAUGUCAUCGGUUUAUCUUGCCAUGAGCAUGGGAUUUGUGGUGGGUCUUUGGAUAGUUUUCUACACGAUGUCGACGAAGAGAGCCUGGAGGGCUGCCGUCUUCCAGUUUGUUGAUAUGAUGUAUGACAUGGUUUAUGUGCAAGUGACUGUAAGAUUCCGGUUAUGCCUACUGGGCCCCAAUUUUCCAGAAUGGCUUAAAUCGCAGUCAAACAUUGAGGUUCUUGUUCUCAGUAAUGCGAAUCUGGAUGACAUUAUUCCUUAUUGGUUUUGGGUGACAUUUUCCCAAGCUUCAUUCUUGCAAGCAUCAGGAAAUAAAUUGCAUGGCUCAUUACCGGCACAGUUGCCUAUAAAAAUAGUAAGACUGAACCUAUCUUCAAACUCUUUAUCUGGUUCAUUGCCAUCAGAGUUAAAUGCUCCACUACUCGAAGAGUUUUUGCUUGCAAACAAUCAAUUCAUAGGCACCAUUCCGUCGUCUAUAUGCCAAUUGACUAAACUGAAAAGGUUGGACCUAUCAGGAAAACAGUUAACAGGAGAUAUUAUGCAGUGCCAAAAGGCACUUGUUCCAAACUCUACAGAUCAAUUUGGCUCUGACAUGCUGAGCUUAGCCUUGAAUAACAACGAUCUCACUGGUGAAUUCCCUAAAUUUCUUCAAAGGUCAUCAGGAUUAAUGUUCCUUGAUCUUUCUUACAACAGGUUAUUUGGAGGACUGCCAGAAUGGUUACCCCAAAAAAUGCCACACAUGAAAAUAUUAAGAGUGAGAUCAAAUAUGUUCAGUGGUCAUAUUCCUAAGAGUCUCACUUCCCUUCAUGGUCUUCAUUAUUUGGAUAUAGCACACAACAACAUGACAGGAAGCAUACCAUGGUCUUUGUCAAACCUGAAGGCAAUGAUGACAAUGGUGUCACAGGACACGGGUGAUUAUAUUUAUGAGGAGAGCAUCCCAGUAAUCACAAAGGAUCAAAAGCGUGACUACACCUUUGCAAUCUACCAGCUAUUGGUUGUUCUUGAUUUGUCAAGUAAUAGUUUGGCAGGACAGGUUCCAGAGGAGAUAACUUUACUCAUUGGGCUUACCAAUCUAAACUUGUCAAAUAAUCAGCUCACAGGAGUAAUCCCAAACAAAAUUGGUGAUUUAAGGCAGCUGGACUCACUCGACCUGUCCAUCAAUGAAUUUUCUGGUGAAAUACCAUCAAGUUUGUCUGCUUUAACUUAUUUGAGCCACUUGAACUUGUCAUACAACAAUUUGUCUGGUGCAAUACCAUCCGGCCAACAGCUACAAGCUCUUGCUAACCAGAUGUAUAUCUACAUCGGUAACCCUGGUCUUUGUGGAGAUCCUGUCGGCAGGAACUGCUCAAGACAUGAUGCAGAGCAAAGUGACCUCGAAGACAUAGAUCAUAUGCCAUCUGUUUAUCUUGCCAUGAGCAUUGGAUUUGUGGUGGGUCUGUGGACAGUUUUCUGCACCAUGUUGAUGAAGAGAACAUGGAGGGCUGCCUUCUUCCAGUUUGUUGAUAUGAUGUACGACAUGGUUUAUGUGCAAGUGGCUGUAAGGUGGGCUCACGUGAUGGAGACAACUCAAGACGGUGCACCAUGAAG